AAGCGGCUGGCAGGAGUCGCAAACACAUGGCCCGGAGCUGCCAUGUCCAAACAUGUGGAGGUGAGGUUUCCAGCUGAUGUGCGGACUCUCCCUGAAGGAUUCUGGUCUGCGGUGGAUGUGUGGGUUAAAAAGCCUCACGUGGUGAACAAGCGGCUGUGUGGAGCCACAGAGACGCAGGGCAGAGAUGUGGGGACCGGGGGUCUGCAGGAUCUGCUGCAGGAACCAGGACUGUUCCAGGAGGUGAUGAAGUUCCUCUGCAGAGGAACUGCACCCUCACACACCCAAGAGGACACAGUCUGGUCCUGCAGUGUCAGGACCUUCAUCCCUAAAGUCAACUGCUAUGGCACAAACAUGCAGAAAGAAAUUAUACUUAAAGACUUUAACAGGCAGCAGGUGACCUUUGUUCCCUUUGAGGAGGAUGCUGAAGGGAAAGUGUCACUGAAGAAAGGCAACAUUUAUCAGAUUCAGCUCUCUGGAAGUGAGGAGUGGACUUUGGAGCUGCACGUCCUGGCGUUGGACGCCUGGGUCUCUGACGGCGUCGCCUACGCCAAGCUGCCCUGGCUGUCUUCAGAUCUGCUGCCUAAACUGGCGCGCUGGGCCAGCGAGUGCAAGAGCAGCGAGUUCGGGAGCACCUUGUCUCUGCUGCCCGUGGAGAAGUACAGCAUCACGUACCAACACCUGAAGGAGAAGUACAAAGCCAUGGUCAAGGUUUGGCCUGAGGUGACGGAUCCUGAGAAGUUUGUGUAUGAGGAUGUUGCCAUCGCUACGUAUCUGCUGGUUCUGUGGGCCGAGGAGAUGGAGCAGAAAAGCCUGACUACCAGGCAGUCCUUCGUGGACCUCGGCUGUGGCAACGGCCUCCUGGUUCACAUUCUUUCAAAUGAAGGGCACCCUGGGAAGGGCAUGGAUGUUCGGAGGAGGAGGAUCUGGGACAUGUACGGGCCUCAGACGCUGCUGGAGGAAAAGGCAAUUACUCCCAGCGAGAGCUGCUUAUUCCCGGGAACAGACUGGCUGAUUGGGAACCACUCGGAUGAGCUCACACCUUGGAUCCCCGUAAUCGCAGCCAGAUCCUCUUACUCUUGCCGCUACUUUGUCCUCCCCUGCUGCUUCUUCGACUUCUACGGAAAGUACCAGAGACGUCAGUGCAAGAAGUCGCAGUACAAAGAGUAUAUUGGCUUCAUCAGUGAGGUCAGCGAAGUGUGUGGCUUCAACACGGAAGAAGACUGCUUAAGAAUACCGUCCACCAAACGGGUGUGUCUGGUGGGACGGUCCAGGAACUACGAGCCCUCCAGUGAGGUGGAGACCGAGCAGCGGAGAGAUCGUUACAUCCAGAGCCGUCAAACCUCCUCCGGGGUCACGGUUCACAGCUCAGACAUCUCAAAUGAGGGCAACGGUUGCCAUGGGAACGCAGACUGUGACAGCCCCCAUGGGAGAACGUGGGGAUCCGGGUUCCAGCCCAGAGAGAAGGUGGAAGUGGUUAGAAACUGCGCCGCUCUCCCGCGGGACCUUGUGGACGGGGUGGUGCUACAGGUCGCUAACGUUCUGCUGGGACUGGCGGACGCACCGCCGUCCUGCACGGACUGGAACCACGGAGGCAGCCUGUCUGUGAGCGACGUCGCCGCGCUGCUGGAGCAGGAAACUUUGCAGCUGCUGAAGAAAGAGUGUGGAGGCCUCCAGACGCUGCUCAAGAACAACCAUCAAGUGUUUAGAGUGGAAGGAGGGAGAGUCCGCCUCAGAGACUGGCGCGAGGAGACGUCCCGCAGAGCAGAUAGUCGGAGGAAGCAAAUCGCCCCCGGUGCCGUGAAAACUCGCCUCUGCUGGUUUGACGCCCACCACCCUCAGGGAUGCCCCAUGCACGCUCCAAACUGCGCUUUUGCUCACGGACCAGAUGAACUCCGACCCUCCACCAGACCUUCAAAGACGAUGAAGAACCGACUCUUUUGACUGGAUCUUAAUUCAUUCAUUUUAUUUUAAUUUUUUUUCACUUCUUGUUUAAUUUGUGACUUGAGUGACAUAUUUCUAAUUAAAAGGCCAAACCUUCACCUGCGGUUCAACCUGCUAUAACAACAGCGGACGCGAAGGAACAGAUCCACACCGUGAGGUUUAUUGAUGCAUCAUUUUACCACAUAUGAAUGUUUUAAAAAAACACAUAUUGUCCCAUUUUUUUGCACGAGUUGACCUCGUGUAUUAUGAAGUGUCCCUGCUUGCUGAUCUUCCGGUUCACCUUCUGAAAUUUCAUUUCAGAGAGUUCCUUUGUCUGGCUCUCAUCUAUUUGAAAAGAAAAUUUUCAAUUAUGAGAUCAAAUGUUUUCUUUAUCUAAGACUGUCAAUCACGAUGCAGAUUUUUUUCCCUCGUCCAGCUCUCAACUAAUUUUCUUUUUUUAUUCAUCCUUUGCAUAAAAACUCUAAAAGCAUCUACAUACUUAAAGUAUUCACGUUUGUGCUUCACUCAGACAUUUAAUUCGGCACGCAGAGGAGGUUCCCAGACGAGGCAGCGGAUAAAGGCCGAACUGUGUUGGAACAAAGUAAAUGUUAGUGCUAUGAAUAAUUUGUUGGCAGGAUGUGGAAGGGUGAGCUGCGUGUCAUCUCCCCGCGAUGGCUGCCCUCUGCCACGUGCGUCUCCUAAGAGUUUGCCAUCGCCGCGUGCCUCAGUGGUCAGAGACAGCAAAGAUCUCCGAGGAACUGGAGCAGGGAGCUGGAAAAAGGGAAGAAACUAACAGCUCUGGGAUUUGUUUGUUUACGUGACAGAAUUCUCACACCAUUAAAGUGACAACCGCUCAACAUUGCAGAUAUAGACUAAGAAAGAAGAUAUUUUUGCCUUGCUAAGACUACCUUUUAGUUUUCUCUGAGGUUUUUUUUUUCAUUCAUUUAAUUUUCUGGAAACAAUAGAAAUGUAGAAUAGAAUUUGAGCUAUUACCAACUAAUUUACUUGGCUGGGAAAUGAUCAAAUGCAAUCUCUCAACAACCUGCACACGUCUGAAGGGACAUAGCAGUCUGAUGAAGAGCAGAUGA